AUGCCAACUUCUGUCAGCACUACACUUACGAAAUGCCUAGCAGCCUUGAAUCAUAUCAAAACACGAGCGGAGCAGCCUGACUAUCGCCAUGAGGGAGAUGUUCCCUCAGCUUCUUGGACAAACGAGUUGAGCCGCCUGCGAGUAUGGACUUCCAACGUUGAGGCUUAUGAAACGGGUCAAUCCUCGCUUGAGUCCAUCCUAGGCAAUACUUCACCGUUAACCGGCCGAGCGGUCACGGGUCUGCUCGAGAAUCUACAUCUGCUUCUUAGUGAUAUUCUUGGGAAGCUCUCCAGAGCCGCCCCAAGCGCUUCUGGAGAUGAUGCGCCAUCGACCACUUCGCCUGAGCCGACGACAGAACUUCAGCAGCUUUACCCAGAAGUCGUCAGCUCCAUCGAUUGGCUGUAUGUGGUCUUUGGGUGA